AUGAAAAGCUGCGUCCUUCACCACUUUCGCAGACGAGUUGGACUUUAAAGCUUUAGAUUCAGUCCAUCUGCAUCAAUUGGAACUACUUCCUCAGAGCAUUACUGGCCUUGUCUCAUACUUCUCUCCCAAUACCUUGCAUUAGCGUGGACGAAAGAAGAGUGCACGCGAUACACGACUAAGAUAUGGCGGGCGCGGUGCGGCAGCCUAUCGACGAGAAGGCGUUUGAAAAGUUCCUUCAGGAGAAUGUGCCAGUAAUCAAGACGCCGAUUGAUCUGAAGCAGUUCGGCUUCGGCCAAUCCAACCCAACAUACCAGAUCACCGAUGCCGACGGCAAACGCUAUGUGAUGCGCAAGAAGCCCCCGGGGAAGCUCAUCUCCAAGACGGCGCACAAGGUCGAGCGCGAAUACCGUGCGCUGCACGCCCUCCAAGCGACCGACGUGGCCGUACCCAAGACGUACUGCCUCUGCGAGGACGACUCGGUCAUCGGCACGCCCUUCUACAUCAUGGAGUUCUUGGACGGGCGCAUCUUUGAGGACUUCUUGAUGCCCGACGUCACCAGCGCGGCGGAGAGGACGGCCCUGUGGAAGGAGGCCAUCCAGACGCUGGCGCGGCUGCACGCCGUGGACGUACGCAAGGUUGGAUUGGACAAGUUUGGCAAGGCAGCUGGGUUUUACGGCCGGCAGACGCAGACGUGGGCGACGAUUUGCAUCAGUCAGUCCAAGGCGGUGGAUGUCGAGACAAAGGAGCCUGUGGGACAGCUACCGCACUUUGACGAGCUGGUUGGCUUCUUCAAGAAUGAGAAGCUGCAGCCCAAGGAUAGGGCGACGCUGGUGCAUGGGGACUUUAAGAUUGACAAUCUGGUCUUUCACAAGACGGAGCCUCGGGUGAUUGGCAUCUUGGACUGGGAAAUGUCCACGAUAGGCCACCCGCUCUCCGACGUGUGCAACUUCAUCACGCAGUUCUACCUCGCCCGCUCGCCCGGCACGUCCGUCUCCAGCAACAGCUCGGGCUUCCUGCCCGGCAAGACGCCCGGCCUGCCGCAGCCGGACCAGAUCCUGCAGUGGUACACCGAGAUUGCGGGCUACGACCCGCGGCCGGAGCUUAGCUGGGGCGCGGCGUUUAACAUCUUCAAGCUGGCGGGCGUGUGCCAGGGCAUCGCGGCGCGAUAUGCGGCGCGGCAGGCGAGCAGCGCAAAGGCAAAGCAGCAUGCCGACACGAGAGGGCUGUUGGCAGACUUUGCACCCGCCAAUCUCAUGACAGAACGGCGGCGGCGGCUCAGGAUCCCCGUCGAGCCUGACGAGCGCCGUCCGCUGCUCAACAGGCUCUCCACUGAGCGCGCGGACAAUGGCGAGCACGUCUUCAGCUGCCGGACGGAUCCUCACAGCGAACUGCCCGUAUACACCAACAUUCACCGCAUCCGUCGCGACAUUGUGAGCGUGGUGGAGGACUAUCUGACGCUGGAGCAGCUGAGGGAUGUCAAGAUUAAUGUGACGGUCAUCCGGCCGCUCGUGGAUAAGUUUUAUGAGCUGGGGGAUAUUUCGAUCGUAUACUGCUUGCUGGUCAACAGAGCACAGUUUCUAGACGAAGAAUCCCGGUCUAGCAACCGGCAAAACGUCAACUGGACUCGUGCCACGCUAUGCGAGCUCAUUGCCACUCGCAUCCUGCGGCGCUUUGGCGAGGAUCACGACGGCGGCGCAGAGGGGCUGCUCUUGCUCGCCCACAUCCUGGUUGCCGGCUUCGAGCCCUUUCAGCACGCGCCGGGCCAUGUGCGAGAAGAGGCCGAAGACAAGGCCUGGUGGUCGUCUCACCGGACGCUGCCGGCGCUGGAGGUCGCCAUCUUGACGGAGAGCAGGCAUUUCCUCAGUUCGACGACGUGCCAGAGGGUCGUGGCGGCCAUAUACGAGGGCCGUGUCAUCUACACGCCGUCCACGUCGUGGGACAUCAUCCCGGAUCACUACAAGCUGAAGCCCAUUUCGCUGUAUGAUCCGCGCGAAUCACCGCUGUUGAACCAGUAUCGCCUUAUUGUGCCGAGGACGCGCAACUACCUGGAGGCGAUCCAGUUUACCAUCCUGCUGGCGCUGUAUGCUUCUGUUAUGACUAUGCGGAGGAAUGGGGAGAUUCCGAUCCUGGAGGCGGCGUUUUCGAUAUUCGCUUUUGGUUGGUGCUUGGACCAGUUUGCCACGAUUCUGGCACAUGGAUGGAAUGUGUAUACGCAAAACCUAUGGUCCUUCCUCGAUGUCACCUUCAUCUUCCUCUUUGUCAUCUACAGCUCUCUUCGUAUUCAUGGAUUGAGAACCGGCUUACCAGGGCCGACUGAGCAGGCCUUUGACGUCUUGGCACUGGCGGCGCCUGUGCUGGUCCCUCGCCUGGCCUUUAACUGGCUCUCCGACAAUCUUGUGUUCUUAUCGCUGAGGUCUAUGAUGGCAGAUUUCUUCUUGCUAACGGCGCUUUCGGCGUGGUGCUUCUUUGGAUUUUUGCUGUCUUUGCUGUGGCUGGGAGAGGGAGCUCACCCUCUGCUUACCAUUUCGAAGUGGAUGAUAUAUAUCUGGUUUGGGCUUGACGGUACUGGCAUUCACCGAUCGGUGGAAUUCCACUGGUUACUGGGACCCAUUGUCAUGAUCUCAUUUGCCUUUCUAGGCAACACACUCUUCCUCACUAUUCUCGUCUCCAUGCUAUCCAACACGUUUAGCAACAUCUCGAGUAACGCGACCGCCGAAAUACACUUCCGAAAGGCCGUUCUCACUCUCGAAGGCGUCAAAGCAGACGCAGUCUUUGCUUAUCAACCUCCCUUCAACCUUGUUGCCGUUUUCCUUCUUCUGCCACUAAAGUUUGUCGUCAGCCCGCGAUGGUUUCACAAAAUCCACGUUGCCACCGUUCGUCUGGUCAACCUGCCCUUGCUUCUGUUCAUCGCCGUUGCUGAGCGUCGUCUUCUUUGGCCGACAGACGACUUUGAGGGUGUCGGCUCACUGGCCCGGAAAUGGUUUUGGCAAAAAUGGCAGCUCUCAGCCUAUCAGUACAUCCGAGCCGUGUUCGACGUGCCGCCUCCGGAUGAUGUGCACGACGACAUUGCUGUGGACGAUGACUUGACGCAUCAUCUCAUCCGGAGGCAGUACCAGCGGCAGGAAUCCCACAAUACCGUGAAAAAAACGUCGCGCCGGGACUCCAUGUUUGAGAUUCCACCGAAGCUACGGAGUUCGCUUACGGAAACUGGCGAAGAUUACGCAGAGAUGGCGAGUAGAUUGGCGGCGAUGGAGAAGGCCAUGGCGCGGAUGGAAGAUAUGCUCUCGAGGCUUGUUACGCCGCAGAGUGACGUUGACGAGAGUGACACGCUGCCUGCGGGAGAUGGCACUAUUCUGAACUCGUCUUUUAGAGGACAGGAAACAAACUUUUGAAGGGAAAUGAAAUUGUGUUGGAAAUUGUUGGGGCAUUUAAAAAGCGAGUUUUAUGUUUGAUCUCUGGUUGGAAACCACGCCAGCACGAGCAUUUAGAGGCUUCUCUUUUCUCUCUCUCUAUCUCUCUCUCUCUCUCUCUCUCUCUCUCUCUCU